AUGUCGGUCUCUGGCCCAGAUAUCAUCACAUACAUUGGCGUUCCUCUCGCAGUCUUGGGAGUCCUUCCCAUUAUAUAUAACACCAUCAGUACCCUUGCCAGUCUAGCCAAGGUCCGGCGUGUUCUACGUCACGGCCGUCUUGCGGGAAUCACCAGAGGAGAUGUGGUUAACCACGUAAUAGAAGUCGAGCUUCCGCGCUAUACAAUAGCUCCCCUACAUCGCGUAGACCAGAGAGCGGAGUAUUGGAGAUUGUGUGAUUAUCCCAGCCAGAUUCCGGGUGGGACCUGGACUACCUUCAACUGGAAAUGUCACACGAUUGGGCUCAAGACGCAGAGAAUCGAUUAUGCAGACCAACUGCGUCAGCCGCAGGCUGAGAUCGGAUUUGAAGAGCUGGUCUCGUUUCUUCUAGACCUUGGGGCGGUGCCAGACCCGGCUGGGUUUCGCAUGUUGCGAGCCAGUGGCCUCUGGGUACCUAUUGGGACUACCCUGCUCCGCGCGCCGAAUGUAGACGAACCUGUCUUAACGGUAGCACCACUAGAUGACUCAGAUGGGAAUCUCUCUCUAGCAGUUAGAUGGUCUUCAAACUGGGGCAUGAGAGAUCCGGCGUCGCUACCUCCAUAUUGGGUUCUAAUCAAGGGAUCAAGACCUCCCACACGGCCCACCAGCAGCCAAAGCGUUUUAGGAAAGGAGCCUUCCAAAGUUGAAACAGAGGAGACGGAGUCCAAUGAGGCAAAACCAAGCAAGACAGCUAAAUAUAUACCAGAUGACAUGGAAGAGUGCCUUGGGGUUCGAUGCCAGAUUGGAACUAAUGGUUUGAUGGCCGCUAUUCCAGAUGGGCCUGAAAAUGACAUGUUUGAGGACUGCGACAUAAGACAUCUGGAAGUCAACGAGACACUCUCAAACACUACGGGUAUAUGGUUUGCAAGCGCCAUCACUGCGCUCGGUACCACCUCCCAAACAAUACUCUGGAAUUACAAGAUUCCUUCGGAUAUUCUUACCUUCUCCAAGAAGGACACCAUCCCCUGCGGAGUCCUAGUCCUUCUAGACAUCGUCCCCGAGGAAAAAACCCCGGAUUGGGCCAGCAAAUACCAAAAUGACCAAGAGGCUGACCGAGACGCCCAAUUCCGUAGAAUGCGCGAGCUAUCCCGAGCCAUGGCUCAUGAAAACCGCCUCUCGGGGGCGGAAAAAUCUCGCGCAAUCGGAGAACGACAAAUGCGAACGCACGAGGAGUACGUUGACACCAUGAAUGCAAAAAGGAGACGAGAUACCGCAAGAGCAGAAACGAGAUUCAUCGAAGCGUUACAGAGCCCUAAAUGGGAUCAUAAACUCGUGGCUGAGCACCUCUUGGCUUGGCUGAAGAAGGGGAAUCAUGUCGAGGAACAACAUGAUUUAAAACGCGCGGUGGAGGUAUUGUUAUGGAGAAUGGUCAACGAUUCUGUACUUGCUACGGAGCUAGGUGACAUGCUAGAUAGUUGGAAGGUAUUCGUGGAUAACGGAGGAAUCAGAAAAGUGGAUUAUCUCGCGCUGCAAGAAAAACCGGUCAUGUUUGCACUUGCGGGAUUGCUCCUGGCUAUUAUCAAGGAUUCGGUCACCGCUGGGAGCGGAUCGUUGGCGAUGGAUUUGCAGGAGUGUGUUAGGGUUUGGAAGAAAGUUAGGCUGGGGUGA